AUGACAUUGAAUCGCGGAACACCCAUGACAAUGGCACCGGAAAUCAUAAGAGGUUCCAAGAACUACACAACGAAAUGUGACAUCUAUAGCUUUGGCAUUAUUAUGUGGCAAGUUAUAGCGCGACGUGAGUCACCGUAUUUGGCGUCACAUCCACAUGAUGCAUAUGUUAUUUAUUGGAAUAUUGUGGCGAAGAACUUGCGGCCACCGAAACUUUCAUGCCACGAGCUCCUGUCGCGUUUUUAUGAAAAAUGUUGGCAUGACGAUCCAGACCAGAGACCAACCAGCGAAGAUCUAAUGAAAUACUUUUCCGUUCUGAAAAAGUCACCGUAUUUGGCGUCACAUCCACAUGAUGCAUAUGUUAUUUAUUGGAAUAUUGUGGCGAAGAACUUGCGGCCACCGAAACUUUCAUGCCACGAGCUCCUGUCGCGUUUUUAUGAA